AAUCUCUCCUGCACCAACAGCCAUAUCACUGUUUGACCCAGUGGUUGACUAGUAGAAAAUGCCUUUUGGCAUUAAGACAUUUGUGCAUUUUUCUUUGUUUGUGCGAUAAAGUCAAUAAAAAAAAAUAUACCUAGUAUCUGCCACAUCAAGCUAAACUCGAGAAGUGUUCACUCUACAUUGCAAUAUAAAUUAAGGGCCCUUAAAACGCUUUGAUGCUGAAGCUUUACUCACGCAUUUCACUAAUUACAUGAAAACCGCCAAACGGUGCAUUUACCCUACUUGCAAUGCUACCAUCGAUUUAGGUCAACCGCUAAUGAGAUUCCAGUCUUCUGAUCUAGUCUUUAUUACUUUGAAACUACUAAACGAAUGUCAUCCUUAUCCACUUAUAAAUAAAGCUCAUCGGUACUUGAUCUCUGUCACUGAAUGGCGAAAAGUUGUCAAAGAAUUUCGAACUCUAUUAAGUGUGGGAAAGGGUUUCUCGGUGUUUUAUUGAGUGGUAAAGGGGUUGCAUUGUUGGGUGAAUGAUCUGCGGUACAAAAGACAUAUUGUCUGGGAAAUGCAUGUGAUGGUAUGUUCAUAAGACUGGUGAUAUUUUUCAGUUGCAAUAAUGAGAUGAUUUGCAUCAAAGAGCGUGUCUUUAACCUCCAUGCAAACAAAGGAGUAUUAUUUGUUCAACUAAUACAAUAGUUAAACAUACGCAAUGCUAUAGUUUUACGGUAUUUUGCGGGCGGAGGAGAUUUAAACACCAUUUUGGAGUCAACGGCCGAUAGUCCAGCUCCAAAAAAGUUGAAAAGUUGUAAAGUCCAGCUAUCGCUUUACAAGAGCUGAUAAAAUCACCGUACACUGUCUUGUACUGAUUGUACAAUUUUUGUCUUAUUUAAAGCUUCUAAUACCUUGAUACUGGCGAAAUAUUACCUCUGGACUGAAGCCAAUUAAAAGCAGGAUGUUGAUUUGGAUAAUUCAUUGAAAACAGAGCUGUAAAAAUACUGAGUCAGAUCAGAACCUAUUGCAACAAUAGUAGCUUUUUAAGCUGGUUACAUAGCAUUGCCCAUCCGGGAAUCAGGUGGGGUGGGCCGAAAUUCGACAUUACUUUUAUAAUUAAAGUCUGUCAUUAUAUUAUCCUUAAAUCUCCCUAAACCUCUGCCACCUUUAUGUUUAGGCAGCAUUCGGUAAAUGACAAGUUAAUAUAUUUUAUUUUUAUUUUUUUAAACCUUUCUGACUAAGCAGACACAAAGAGAAUACUUGUUAAAAAUAUCAGUUGAUAAAAUGUUUUUUUCGUUCGUUUUUUAUGUAAUGAGCCAUUAUUUUGCACCGAAAAAGCUUGAGUAUUACGAAGUUUUAAAUUGUUUGAAGGUUUGUUAAAUAACAUUAAAUUAAUAAAGGUGUAUAUUUCAAUUUAAUAACCCCAAUCCCAAGGGAUAUCCUGAAGAUUCUAGAUGAUAUAAUUGAUAUUUAUUUUAAUACCGGAUUUCAUCACAUUAGUAUUUAUGGCCUUAUUACCAAACACUUUAAUUAAUAAUGGAUCUUUGAAUUCUUUAAAACCCGUCAUUAAAGAACACGUUUCUAUACUAAAUGAAUAAGAAGGAUAAAUAAUAAAUUAAACUUAAUGAUAUCGUUUUUCUGAAAAUCUAUUUUAAUUUAAUUAAGUAAAGAGAAAAAAAUCGUGAAGUCACCUCUUUUUCUUUCAGUAUCCUUAUUACUACUGCACCUUUUAUCGAAAAUAUAUGAAACUUACAAUCUUUCUCACUAAACACUAUGAAAUGAUUUGGUUUUCUUGCUUUUUGCAAAUUCAUAAAACUAUGCCCCAAUUCCAAGAGAAUUUUUUUGACUGUUGUUCUUAUCGAAUUUAAACUGUCGUGAGACAUACAAAGUUUAAGAUAAUUUUACGGUUUCAAUCCCGAGUUUUUGAGCCACUCACGAAACAUGUUUUGAAGAAAACUUGUGAGUGAAACAUUAAAAUUAACUAAAUUGUUUUUAUGUUUAAGAAUAAGCAAAGGGACAAAUGUGUUUUCUUGCAUAUAACUAACACAUAUGUCACUCUCACUGUGAAAUGCGCGUUUGCUUGAAAUUAUACAUACGUACUGCACGCGCGCAUAAACGAUUGCAACAGCUGCUCGUGUGCAGUGAGUGUGCGAAGCGCGAGCAAUGUACGUUUGACGCGUUCACGACGCAUUCGCUAAACGUGGACACAUUGUUACAAUUCUACGAAACGAUUCUUAUGAGGGGGCGUAAACUCAGGAAAUUUCUAAUUAGAAAGGAAAGGAAUUGCGGCGGAAGAUUCCAGAAGGUUUCAACAUUUUUGUCAAGUAUAAACCUCUGUUUAAAAUUUUGCUAGUCAAAUCCUUCGGCAAUAUCAUUAGCUAUUUUGUAUUAAAAUUAUACUACUAUGGUAUGCAGGGUAACGAUAUAAAAUUGAAAAUAAAUGAAAAUUAGACAUGUUUUCGUAUUUUUUUUACAUAAGGUUUUAGAGUCUGUCGUCGCAAACAUAAUCUAGUUUCUAAGUGAUUUCAUGCCAUUUGUCCUUGUUUAAAACGUGUAAUUCAACAUAUAAAUUGCAAUUUUGCGUUAGCACCCUUUUAGUAGCAUUUAACCGCAUCUGUUAGCCCUUGGAAGUGGGUUUAAUUUUAUGUAAAUAAGGCCGGAACUAUUCACGUUCCAGUACCUAUACCUACCAGGGAAUUAGGUACCCCGGACUUUGUGAGCCGGCUUUGUAAAACUCCGGUUUCUACGUUAGCGGCCUGCAGCAUUGGUUUGUUUGAGUGAACAUACUAUAGUCUUUCCUUUCUAUUUAACUAUUAUUGGUAGGAACCUUGGAACAAAAUUUCAUUUCUUUCAAUUAUGACAUAUUAUUGAACUUUUUCCGGAAUCGGUAUGUAAAGUCCGUCUAAGUAAAUUUCGCACCGAUAUUGACAGAACAACAUAAGAGUGUAAUACUAAUAUAUGUAGGUAUACACCCUCAGGCCGAAAGUAUGGAAACAACGUUGCUUAAUAUCUCGUCUUUCUAAAACCUAAUCUAACCUAAAACAUACAUUAGACAAACCUCAAAGAUUAAAAAUACAUGCUUAUAUCAAAACAUCCUAAAAUAUUGUCAAAAAGAUAGAAAGAGGAAUUAGGAAAAGUUACAUAAUUAUACCUUUUUAAUUGCCUUACAAAAUGUUGAAUUGGCAACUAUCAUAGCCAAAAUUUGAGUAAUUUACUUUUAAAAUGUUCCAUUAUUAUUUUGCCGUUUUGUUUGUAAAUUGGCAACAAGUAGUAUGUACGAUCCAUCGCUUUAAAAAUCACAUUUUUCUAUUGAAAUAGAAGCUUGUUUCCAUACUUUUGGCCGGGAGUAUACCUUAUAUUUUUUGUAGAAGUUUGAUAUUUAUUCAAGAUGAUAUUUACACAUUUUCGCAAAUGCCUUGCGAAGUUAGCUCUAUGCAUGCACAUUAAACUAGAUAUUAAACGUAAAUAGCAAUAUUACGAGUGAAUGGUUCACGUUGACGGUUAAAUUAAAACUUCUUUGUCGACAAAAUGGCGCCUGAUGCUAUUCCGUAUGGAAGGUCUGUACCUAAUAAGGAAUACAAUCUCCAUGUACCAAAAAGCGUCCGUCAAAAAAACUUAAAUAAAACGUAGUGAUUAUAUGCUCUUUGACAGGGGGAUCCAGGAGGAUAGACAGCGCACUUCACUCCGUCAAUAACACCUAGGAUCUUAGCUACUCUAGCGCUACUAUGAAGAGAUUUGGAACUAUUAUUUAUAGCUGACCCUGAGCUUACCAAAUGUACUGUUACACAUGCUAGUUACUAGCAUGGAACUAUGCUACUGUUGAGCAAAUGCUACCUACUGACAUGUUUGUUUCGAACGUGCUACUUUUGACCAUGCCUUUUAGUGAAAAAUAGAAAAAGCAAACAGUACAUAAGCAUGCUCAUAUUAACCAUGCUCAAAAGUUAUCUGCCGCUCCUUCUGAAAGUUCCAUAAGACCAUCCCGUUCGGGUUCGGUCAUUUCACCCCACCCCUCAUGUCAGAUUCAGAGUUAUACUACUUUAAUGAUUAUUUAAAUCCAUUGAUAUCUCUUUUUCAUUGAUUGGUAGAUUGGACUGGGAUGGACCCAACACAGAGAUCUUGUUCAUCCUACUGUGUUAGAAACUCAAACGUCUUUCGUCAAAGUCUAUGGCAGAUUGUCUAACAUGACCUACUGUCAAAUUUGUCAACGAUAGAAUUUUGUAAAUAAACUUUUGGUUUCGUUUGAAAUUACGUUAUAACAAUUAUGAACACUAGCAAAUAUAUUGUAAUGAUUUUAAUAUUAAUUUUCAGCUCUGUUAAUAGUUACUACACUAGUGACUAUGAUGAAAAUACGCCAAGGCAGUUUAUCGAGAAACUCAAUGAACUAGAUGCGAAUGAAGAUGAGCCCGAGCCCAUCAACCCGUUUAAUCGUUUCACAACGUCGCGGAAAAACGACGGGAAGAACGACACUGCCCCAAGAAUACCCCUAGAGAGCAAAAAUAUUCUGUGCGAUGAUUUUGAAGAGUACGCUAGCAACUGUACUUUUCAAGCUAAAAAAAAUUAUAACUCGACGAUAACCCUGCCUUUGCCUAAUGAAUUAAGGAAUUGGUGCAAAGCAUUGAAGCAACUCGCAUCCUGUGAAUACGAUUGGAACACUGAUUGCCAAGACGUCACAGAAAAGAAAUUCAACGAUUUUAUAAUCCAGGGCCAACUGCACGUUAUUGAUAAGGUGUGCCACGACGACUGGUUUUCAGCGAACUACGACAUGCCCCUAUAUAAAUGCAUCAUGGCGGUUUCAAAGGACUGGACAACAUGUUUCUUAAACAUGAAAUUCCACACAGACCAGCAUAAAAAUGCUACAAAUAACUGGGCACAUUAUGAAACUCACUUCUACUUGUGCUGUGAAAAGACCCGUUUCCGUCGCUGCACUUUAGAGGUCCUGUUGAAUUUUCCGGACAAAUGCACUUCUCAACAGUCUAUUUUGCUGCAGAAAUUUUCAACUAUUAUAUCGGAGGGUGAAGUUUUUCAGGACUGCAACUUUAACAUGAUGUAUCCAAGCUGUCCAGGCGGAGAUCCGCGACCACCAACGGCUCUGGUCUCCAAGCUUAUGAAGGAUGAACUUCGAUCUAUUCAAGAACUCAAGGACAGCGCAUUUCGAUCAGCGACAAUCGGGUCGCUUCAAUUGAUAACUUUGUGUUAUUAUUACAUAUUUAAAUAGUUCCUGGAAUGAAGGUAUUUAAUUUCUGAAUUCUAUAACGGAACCCGUUGCUGAUACGGAAAGCCGAUGAAAAAACAUGAUAAAUAAAAUACUUAGGUCAUUCCAUCUUGUAACACUGAGAGUUAUAAGAGUCACAAGUCAAUUAGGUAUGUAAAAUGCUUGAUGAAAUGUCUUUAAUCUACCUAUACUUAGGGAAUAAUCAAACAAAAA